UGUUGCAGUUUUCUGGAUGUUUGCUCCAGAUCUGUGGAGCCUAGAAGCUGAAAGCUGCAUGUUUGGUGUUUAAUGCAACAAUAAGAUGUAAAAACAGCAACAAUGAUUUCAGAGCUGAAGAUGUUAAAACCCAGCAGACGGUAACAUCAGGAUCGUCCAGGAAAGUUCUGGACCGAAACUAAACACCUGCUGAACAGAAACACUCUGAUGCUGCAGCGAAUGUUUGAGCCGUCAGCGGAACGUGACGUGAUGGUUUGGGCCGUGUGAAGAACCAGAGGGCAGAUCCUGGCGGUCGGCGCGAAGCUUCAAAACGUGCCGAGCGGUUCUGAUGAUCCGGCAGAAUCCGCUGGUGGCACCGACCCGAGUUUAUCCGUUUCAGCUCCUCCUGCAGGAUGGAGCAGAUUCUCACUGCAGAAGAGAUGCUGUUUAUGAGUGGAAAUGAUGCAGAACCGAACUGUGAUAAACAGCCCUCCUUCGACUGGCCUGCUCAGGAAUCCGAGCUGCAGUACUGCAGUCUGACCAGCAGGGGGCAGAUCAACUCACACGCCGCCUCCGCUACCUCCGUCCAUCCUCUGGUGCCCCUCCUCCUCCACAGCGACAGGCACCUGCCGCUCCGCUCCCCCUACAGCCAGCCAAUCAGCGAGCCCGUUGCCCGGCAGGCCGACCCUCCCUCCUGGACACGCCCCUGUUACCACGGCAACAGCGUUUCCAGGCAGCCGGUGAAGAAGCCGCUGAACGCCUUCAUGCUCUACAUGAAGGAGACGCGACACCAGGUGCUGCAGGAAGGACGGGAGAAGGAGAGCUCCGCCAUAAACCGCAUCCUGGGACGCCGGUGGCACGCUCUGCCUCGAUCGGAGCAGUCCCGGUUCUACGAUCUGGCCCAGAAGGAGCGGCUGCUGCACAUGCAGCUCUACCCCGGCUGGUCCGCCAGGGACAACUACGGGAAGAGGAAGAGGAAGCAGCUGGCAGGAAGCUCUUCCAGGUCAGAGGUCAUCUGCAGCCAGGAAUACAACCAACAACCUGAAACAUUUGGAUGAACGUUUUGUUACUUUGGGUUUAAAAUAAAUCUGAACAGGCUUAAAAGUAUUCAUACGCCUCCACUAAAGCUUCACCAGCUCCUGGGCUCCACCUACUGUCCUUCCCACUCCACUCCAGAAGGGGGCAGUGAUGCACCGCCAUCUGAGAAGUUGAAGAACUCGGAUGCAGCAAAAAUGUUCAAGAAGAAGCAGGAAAAAAAACUCUUUCCAUGACAAAGUCCUGCAUGAAAUCUUUAAUUUGUCCUGUAAAGUGAAAUUUUAUUUUCUGUUUUUUUCCCAGAAAAUUGAGUUUUUCCUGUAAUUAGAGGUAUUUUGGGUUUUAUAUGUUGUUAUUUGCUUCCUCCUGUGUGGAUAUUUACUGUGAAAAUAAAGAAAUUUCACCAUCUGAGACUUGA